AUGCCAUCUGUGGGAAUGAGACGAACCACAAGGGUUUUCGGGGUGGUCAAAGCCGCAGACGGAGCCCGGGUCCUCCGCUCGGGUCGCCGGAUCUGGCCCAACGUCGACGAACCAAAGGUGAAGCGAGCCCAUGACGUUGUGGAUCGAGAUUGGAAUUCCAUUUUGAAAAAUCCCACUAAAGGCAAAGCGAACAAAGUCUCCGGUAAGAGUAACGGUCCUGCGAGCAAGCCCUGUAGCCCGAGAGAAAUUUCCACUGAGAGAGACGACGACGACGACAAAGAAGACGACUUUCCAAUCAGCAAAAGGAGGAAAGUGAAACCUGAAGCUGUGGGAGAUGCAAAGACUGUGGAUACCAUGUUUGGGAUUGUAUAUAGUAGGAAAAGGAAGAGACUUUCUGACCAGUCAAGUAGUAAAUCGGAGGAGCCACAGCGAAGCCUCAAGUUUUAUCGUAGGCGAAGAAGACUCUCGGACCGGGUUUCCUCCUCGGGACGACUCCAUGGUCCUGUGAUUACUCUUACAGUAGAUGGUUCAUGUGAGGAAUGCUGGUUUUCAACCGUUUUCGGGUUGGUUAUGAGAUACUCGAGGAGGGAACAGCUGAGGCUGUCUUCUCUUGCUUCUUUCUUCUUGUCUCAACCCAUCAGCGAAGUGUUUGCAAACCAUGGCGUGCGAUUUCUUGCGGAGCCUCCCCUUAGCUCAAGGGGCUUAUGCAAGUUCUUUGGGGCUGUGAAUUGUCUUCCUCUCUUUACAGCUGAUUUUUCUGCCAUUCCUCGAUGUUUCAUGGAUAUGCAUAUCACUCAAUUUCUCAGAAUGGCACCACGCUCCUCUGUUUUCGUCAAGAAAUCUUUGCAUUUGCUGAACAAUCCGGUUGAAGAAUCUGAUUCAGAGUCUGAUGUAGCUUUAUCUGAACCUUGUACUCCGAGGAACGAUGGUGUGGUUGGGUUACAUCCGUCAGUGAGAGCCAGUGUUCAGUGUAAAAGCAAUUUAGGUUUUCAUAGUUUCCAGAAGAGGAGAAGCUCCUUAAGAAGGAGAAGAGCAAGAAAUCUUCCGCAUAGUGUACACAAGCUUUACAAUGGAACGUCGGUUUCUGACCUAUCAGCAAGUUUGAAAAACAGGACAGCAGCAGUAUCAUCAAGGAAACUCAGAAGCUCGGUGGUGAUAAGUGACUCAUCCCCUUGUUCAAAUGGGAGUAGCAGCGUCACUCAAAAGCCGAAGACUAAAGAGGAGCUUGAUUCUCUAUGUUGUUGUGCGAAUAUACUGAUGAUAGGCUCAGACAGAUGCACCAGAGAAGAAGGUUUUAGUGCCAUGUUGGAGUUUUCGUCUUCGAAGGAGUGGUUCGUUGUUAUUAAGAAAGAUGGGGCAAUCAGAUUCAGCCACAAGGCACGGAAGACUAUGAGACCUUGUUCAUGCAACCGGUUUACACAUUCUAUAGUUUGGAUGGGAGAUAAUGACUGGAAGCUUGAGUUUUGCGACAGACAAGAUUGGCUUGGUUUUAAGGAGCUUUAUAAAGAAUGCUAUGAACGGAAUGUAUUAGAACAGAAUGCGAAAGUCAUUCCCAUACCUGGGGUAAGAGAAGUGUGUGGGUACGCAGAGGAUUUCAGUGAUUUUCCCUCCUUUUCUAUGCCAAUUACAUACAUAUCAGUCAAAGAAGAUGAGGUUUCAAGGGCCAUGGCUCGAAGUAUUGCAAUCUAUGACAUGGAUUCUGAAGAUGAAGUGUGGCUGGAUAGGCAGAACCGGGAAAUGUCUGGUGAAGAAGAUGAGCAAUUGGAACAACUUCAGGGAGAUACUUUUGAGUUGUUGAUUGAUGGGUUUGAAAAGUGCUAUUUCCAUAGCCCUGCCGAUGAUCUCUUGGAUGAGAAAGAAGCCACUAUAGCUAGUCUUUCGUACUUGGGUAGGCAAGAGGUGGUUGAAGCAGUACAUGAUUACUGGGCGAGAAAAAGGAAGCAACGAAAAGCACCACUCCUCAGAGUUUUCCAGGGUCAUCAAGUGAAGAAAACUUCGCUAGUUUUCAAACCUGUGUUUCGCAAGAGAAGAUCCUUCAAAAGGCAGGCGAGUCAACUCCAUGGAAAAGCCAGACAGCCAAGUCUCGUGGGUGUUAAGUCGGCUGAACAAGAAGCUUCAGAAGAACAAGACGUUUAUCAUAGAGUGGAAGAAGCCAAGGCCAUGGCUGAUACAGCCAUGGAGAUUGCCAUAGCGAAAAGAAGAAGAGCACAAGCUCUUGGAGAGAACGCUGAUUUGGCUGUUUACAAAGCCAUGAUGGCUCUGAGGAUUGCAGAAGCUGUUAGAGUAGCUGAAUCGAGCGAGGUGGCCACAAACCUUUUCUUGAACUGA